UCUCUUGCGAGCCGUCGGUCAGUGCGGAACCGGCUCGUGUCUUUUUCUCUCUUUUUCUCUCUUUUUUUUUCUUUUUUCUCUCUUUCUUCGGAUUAUGUAGUUAUCUUAUUAUACUUGUUCUUUUUUCUCUUUCUUUCUCUAUCUCUCUCUCUUCGUAUAUUCUCACUCGUUUUACACGAUAUCGUGUCGUUAAUAUUGUUUAGUGCGUUUCAUACAAAUUAACCUUUGAAGAAUUUGAUGAAUUUCUUCGUACCGGCGAAAUACUUUUAGCUGCUCGUUAAAAGUCGGUGGAUAUACUCUUAAGAGGGCCGACAAAAUGAGGAACUCGACGUUGCUGAAGUGGGCACAAAAUUCGACGAAUAAUAAAAAUCAAACAAGUAAAAAUGGAGGAACGAGUAGAAACUGGAUACACCCACCGGACGCGCUUCAAAAAGGCCACAUCGCCUACCUAGUCAAGUACUUGGGCAGUACGGAAGUCGAUCAACCGAAGGGAAUCGAAGUAGUGAAGGAAGCGAUCUGCAAGUUGAAAUUUAGUCAGCAAUUAAGAAAGAGCGAAGGAACUAAAACACCGAAAGUUGAACUCACGAUAAGCAUCGAUGGCGUGGCAAUUCAAGAGCCAAAAACUAAAACCUCACCGAAACGAAUCAUGCAUCAGUAUCCCUUGCAUAGAAUCUCUUAUUGCGCCGACGACAAAGGAGAAAAGAAAUUCUUUAGCUUUAUCGCAAAGGAAGAGGACGCGGAGAAACAUACCUGUUUCGUAUUCGUAAGCGACAAGUUGGCGGAAGAGAUCACGCUUACGAUCGGUCAAGCUUUCGAUCUAGCAUACAGGCGAUUCUUAGAAACGUCUGGCAAGGAUCUCGAAACUCAAAGACGUUGCAUGGUAUUGCAACAAAAGAUCAAGAGAUUGGAGCACGAGAACAAUGUCUAUCGACAACGAUUGCAAGACAUUGCUGCUAUCAAAGGCUCGGCGGACGUGUCGACUUACCUCUUGCAGCACGAUCUUCCGGAUAUCCUGCAUGUACCAGGAGCACCGAGCGAAUCUCCGCAAGUCAACGGCACUACAAACAAGUCUCCUCUGAUAGGAAUAAACAGCGACAGUAACGGAAACACGUCUAAUGGUCCGCAGCAACCACCACCUGUUCCUCCUAGAAGCUUUGAAAAAUCCUUUGAUGACGAUUUCAUGGGAAGCGAGGCAACACCAACGCCGGUUGUUGGUACUAAAUUAGAGGGUCUCCUCAUGGAUGAGUUCGAAGAAGACUUUAAUCCUCGUGCAUACGAGACGGCAGCUAACGGUCUUGCUAAUCAUCAAACGAACAACAAUCCUCUUCUUAAUGGUCAACUGUCGUCUAAUUCUAAUCUAUUUUCACAAACUAAUGGCACUGCAAGUCCACCACCAUUAUUGGCACCGCCUCCAAAAGCUAAGGAUUCGAGACGACAGAAUGGAGUAAAAGAGGACCUUUUUGGCAGUGUGCCUUUCAAUCCUACGCCAUCUAUAAAUACAAAGAACGACUUCAAUGAUCCCUUUGAAAUGGGAGAAUUUGGUGCUACCACCGUAAACUCAAGUCCAAGCCAACAGGAAUUAGAAAAUGCCAUUGGACUUUUGGAUAAGAGAUUGCUCGAAAUGAAAGAUGGCUUUAGCAGGGGUUUAUCCAUCGGUACUGAUGAUUUUUCAUUGGAAAGUUUAGAUCCUUUAAGGAAUUAAAUCGAAUCAUUGAUUAUUAAUUAAAAUUUGUAAUGGAAUCGAUGUAAAGACAGGAAGGAAAAAUUCUCUAUCGUGGUCUCUGUGAAGAGUAAAAAAUCUGUGUGUGAAACCAAAAUUAGUCAAUUACUGUUACUAUACGAUACUCGUAUAUUUAUGGUGAUGUUUGAUAUUUAUAUUAUAUUAUUAUAAUUAUCUAUUGAAUAACUCCUACUACUACGUACGUGCAGUUUUCUCACGCUCGAUCGUUGCACGAUUUACUUGUUUUAUUCGUUGCUUUUGAUAUAUCAUGGUCCAAUCACGUUUCAUUGUAUAUUAUUGAUUGAUAUGCGUUUAAAAAUGGACAAAUCAAUGAGAGAUAUAUGAUCUUAAAGUAAUGAAAUUUUAAUAGGAUUAAAUCACGUUCCAAGUAAAUUUAUACAAUUUUAAAUGAAAUUCUUAUAUACAUACAUACAUAAUAUAUAUAUAUGUAUGUAUUUAUGUUCGCAUAUAUAACGUGUGUGUGUGUGUGUUAGCCGUACAAAUAUUUUUCGAACGGUCUUACAGAAUCUUUAACGUUUUUAGCAGGAAUGUUACAUAGGAAAUCGUGCGGCUAUCGUAAAUUCUAUAUUAUUGAAAAUUCUUUAGAGGAUAUAAUUAUUCCUAGUUUGCUAUAAUAACGAUGGAUAUGGCUAAGAGGAAAGAGAAAUUCUAAAAAUAUAUAUAUAUAUAUAUAUAUAUAUAUAUAUAUAUAUAUAUACACAUACAUACAUAUACAUAUAUAUACAUAUAUUUAUGAAUAUAAUAGAUUCAGCUUGCUGCUUACGCAGUCUCUCAUUAAAGUUGCGUGUCGAGAUAAAAAAAAAAUUAUAUAUGAACACUAACCGAAGUAGACUUAGAAAUUACUAAUAAUGCUAAAAACGCAUAAAUAGUAUUGAUAAUCCUUCGGUUAGGUUAGUAGCUAUCUUCCCACUAUUUUCUUUAUCCGUGUUAGAGAUUUUCACAGUUUUAUAUAUAUUUUUUGCCUUAUCCAUUAAAAAAAAAAAAGAAAAAAAAAGAAAAAAGAAAAAAAAGAAAAA